AUGAAAUUUGUGCAGGAAAAUAUUUUUUCGAGAUUUGGAUGUCCUAGAGUGAUUAUUAGUGAUGGAGGAACACAUUUUACAAAUAAAAAUUUCAGAGAACUGUUGAAAAAGAAUGGAGUACACUAUAGAGUAGCCACUCCAUAUCAUCCCCAAACAAAUGGGCAAGCUGAAGUAGCAAAUAGGGAAAUUCAGAGAAUUUUGAGAAAAAUAGUUAAACCAGAUAGGAAAGAUUGGCCCACGAAAUUACAAGAUGCAUUAUGGGCUUAUAGAACAUCUUAUAAAAAUCCCAUAGGUAUGUCCCCAUUUCGUCUCAUUUUUGAAAAGCCAUGUCAUCUUCCUGUGGAAAUAGAGCAUAAAGCAUUAUGGGCUAUAAAAAAUUUAUGGAUGAAAAAUCAGCUGGUGGGCAUAGAAUUUUUCAGUUACAUGAACUAG